CACGCUGCACAACCUGCUGGAGUUUGAACAAAACAAAUUAUACACAAACGCAUAAAGCGUGGGCGAAUGAAAAGGAAUAUUUUGGAUGAAGUUUGGACUCACUGUUACACUACCAGAACGUUUUCGUUCCCAGGAUAAUUUUUGGAUUUUGAUAUGAAUUUAAUUCACACGCGAUGCAGUCAAUGGAUAACGUAUAUUUUUAUUUCUCUUCCUUUUUUUAAUGAAAUAAUCUUACAGCAAUGGUCUUUGUAACGGUGAAUUGUGCUGGACUAUCACAUCUCGCACGUACAUUUAAUGGAACAGAAGAGAGACGAAUUCAUUGAUAGGCGUGAGUUUGCUAUCACACGACUUUCUUUCUCUAAGUUGUGAAAACUUUAUCCUUGGUGGGAUAUUUUUUUCUGCAAAGGCAUGUUCUCUGGCUCCACGCCGGUUGGAGCAUCUCUGGGGCUCCGGUCGGGAAGGUUUCUCCUGCGCUGGGACACUUUUGGACCAAAGGGGAGAUGAGAACCGCGCUGAUCCACUUUCUCUUCAGCUGCUUCUUUCUGCUUUCAGCAGCCGCUGAGGAAGCGCCGAUUCCCAAAGAGCUGAUCGAGCGACUCUCCAACAGCGAAAUCCGCAGCAUCAGCGACCUCCAGCGGAUCCUGGAGAUUGACUUCGUAGAGAAUGAUGUGGUGGAGGAAGUCAAACAAAGCCACCAUAAGGAGCAUCUCUAUGACAACAGACACUACAAGAACUCACACUCUAGACACAAAAGAAGCAUUGAGGAGGCAGUGCCAGCCGUUUGUAAGACUCGCACAGUAAUCUACGAAAUCCCACGCAGUCAGGUGGACCCCACGGCCGCCAAUUUCCUGAUCUGGCCUCCAUGUGUUGAGGUGAGACGAUGCUCGGGCUGCUGCAACACCAGCAACAUGCAUUGCCACCCCUCCAAAAAGCACCACAGGAAUGUGAAGGUGGCCAAGGUAGAGUACGUACGCAGGAGACCAAAGCUCCGGGAGGUGCAGGUGCAACUGGAGGAUCAUCUCGAAUGUGUGUGCACGUCCAAACAUCACACAGAGUCCCGCAUAGCAGAUAUAAGGUGAGCGUAGCACUCGAUAAAAGAAAUCAGAGGAGGGGAGUGGCAGUCAUUGCAUCCAAUCAGAUAAAUGGGAUUGCACAACAGCCAGUGAGCAAUAUCAUCUGGAAAGACGUGGCAGGCACAAGCUGUUUAGCCCUGAAUGAAUCAGGGAGGCCUUUUUGGAUCACUUUGGACUUUUGAUGCACCUUUAGAAGGGACUAAACACAAAGACUGCCAUGACAGAGACUCAGAGAGCCUGAACACAAACUUUCAUAGAUGUCAAAAUUCCGACAUCCAUUUCCAGAACCUUUUAAAGGAGCAUCUAUUAUGAAUGUAUUUGUAUAUCACAGUGUAUUUUCUCCAGCAAAUAUCUGUAUCAUUUUAUUUUUGUAACUGACGAUUUUCUAUCAUCACUGAUCUUCUCUUGUAUAUGCCAUAGAAUGAACAAGUACAACAAAACACAAACUACAGUAACUGAUACUAAUAAAGUAC